AUGCUUGAUUCCGAUAGCAUUGAAGAGUCUAAGCCCAAUAAAAAUUAUUUACUGGAUACUCUACGAGCACCACUGGGACGAUGUUUUGGCGCCGUUGGUAAGUUCGUUCGAUAUAUAGGUCCGGGACUUAUGGUCAGCGUGGCGUACAUGGAUCCAGGUAAUUUUAGCAGCAGCAUUGCUAGUGCCAGGUUUCAGUAUAAAUUAUUGUUUUCUCUAAUGAUUUCCAAUCUCAUGGCUGGAUUUAUGCAGAUCCAAGCCUGCAAAUUGGGUAUAUGUACAGGCCAGAACUUGGCUACCAAUUGCAGAAAGCACUUACCGCGAUAUAUGAACGCUGUUGUGUAUGCAUUUGCAGAGAUCUCCAUUAUAGCUACAGAUGUAGCUGAAAUCAUCGGUACUGCAAUUGCAUUUAAUAUUUUAUUUGGCAUUCCUUUGUUGGGAGGAGUAUUGCUUACUAUAGUUGACGUCUUGUUCGUUAUUAUUGCAUAUAGACCUGACGGCCCUCCAUUGUUACUAAGGAUGUUCGAAGGAUUUGUCAGUUUAUUGGUUUUGGCUACUGUUGUUUGUUUCACCAUAGAGCUUGCCAAUGUGUCCAAUGACACCGAUUGGCCCGCUGUGGCGAGAGGUUUUUUACCGUCUAAAGAGAUAUUUUCCAGUACCCAGGGCUUAUACCUUUCCGCUGCAUUAUUGGGUAGUAACUUGAUGCCACAUUCACUUUACCUUGGUUCUGGAGUUGUUCAGGCUAGGAUGAAAGACUACGACGAAAAACAUGGUUACUAUGAGCCCUCGAAAGCAGAGCCACGGACCAGCAAGCUUUUCUGUUUCCCUUCAGGAAAGGAAAGAAACACUGAUAACGCACAUAGUAAUCUCGCCGACGACGCUACGCAACCUGAAAAAUCAGACUAUCAACCUUCCAUGGGAGCUAUAAAAAGUACUAUGAACUAUACAAUCGCUGAGUUGGUUGUCUCGUUGAUUGCAGUGGCAUUAUUUGUCAACGCUGCCAUAUUAAUUGUGGCAGGUACUGCUCUUUCAAAACCGAUGGACGACGAUGGUGAUGGAGACUUGGAAAAUGCGGACUUAUUCACGCUUCAUUACCUUCUCUCAAGUAACCUUUCCAAGACUGCAGGUACGAUAUUUGCACUGGCAUUACUUUUUUCCGGACUUUGUGGUGGUACAGUCGUGACCGUAGCUGGCCAAAUGAUCAUGGAGGGACAUGUUAAGAUGUCGAUACCACCGGGGUUGAAACGAAUUCUUACAAGAAUAGUAUCUAUUACCCCUUGCAUUAUAGUGGUUAUGAGGAGUGGAAGAGAGGGACUCAGCGGUGUGCUAAAUGGAUCACAGGUUGUUCUAUCAAUGCUUCUACCGUUUGUAAGUGCACCUUUAAUCUGGCUUACAUGCAAUAAGGAUAUUAUGAGGGUGAAGGUGGGAGUAGUUGACGAAGAUUCGGAGUCCAGCUCUUCCUCGCAGAUUGAAUUACAGGAGAUGGAAAAUGGAAACGAAGAAGCAGGAGCUUACCAGCCAUUGUCUUCUACCGCAGGAAACAACGGGGUCCACAACGAUGUGGAAAAUGGUACGAUUUACAAGGAUAUGAGUAACGGUAGGGUGACAAGCAUAUUGUCUGUGGCUAUAUGGGCAAUAAUCAGCAUUCUCAACUUUUGGCUAUUGGCAAGUGCUGCCUUGGGUAAUGAUGUGCCUAUGUAA